UGGCGCUCGGGGCGGCGCAGAUGGCGCUCGGGAGCCUCAUCGUGGCCGUGAGCUUCGCCGCGCUGGCGCUCACCACCUCGGCCCGCGUGCGCCACUCCUGCCCCUUCUGGGCCGGCUUCUCGGUGCUGCUCUCCGGACUCAUCGGUGUGGUGUCCUGGAAGAGACCAUUAUCCCUCGUGAUAACCUUUUUCAUGCUGCUCUCCGCAGUCUGCGUGAUGCUGAACUUGGCCGGUUCCAUCCUCUCCUGCCAGAACGCUCAGCUUGUCACUUCCCUGCAAGGCUGCCAGUUGAUCAAGUUCGACAGCGUGGAGGUAUGUGUCUGCUGUGAGGUGCGGCACCAGCCUUCCGGCUGCAGCAACCUGGGCGAGACGCUGAAGUUGAACCCCCUGCAGGACGACUGCAAUGCUGUGAGGCUCAGCCUGAAGGACCUCCUCUUCAGCGUGUGUGCCCUCAACGUCGUCUCCACCAUCGUGUGUGCGCUGGCCACCGCCAUGUGCUGCAUGCAGAUGGUCUCUUCGGACGUCCUGCAGAUGUUCCUUCCCCACAGGGCUCUGUCCACCAGCCCCGCCUGCCUCACCCCGCAUGGCACUAUCCUCCACCACACCCUGGAUUUUGACGAGUUUGUCCCCCCUCUCCCACCACCACCCUAUUACCCUCCGGAAUACAGCUGCACCCCCACAGCAGAGGACCCCAGGGGCCUCCGGCUGGACUUGGCAGCCGCCACCUUCAGCUCCUUGUUCGACGCCACUCUCAGCAGCCCCGCGCGGCUCUACCCGGCUGAGCUCCCACCGCCCUACGAGGCUGUGGUGGGACCCAGCCCUGCCGCCCAGAGAACUGGUCCAGAUCUGCAGAGGAUGGACUCCAGCUCCCGGGGCCAGGGCUCCACAGCCGGCCUCAGCGCCCAAGCACUGACCGACCACGCCAGCCUUGCAGGGUCCGAGCAUCCCUGCACCCCAGGCCCCAGCUGUCCAGUCCUUGAUGGCCCUUCUAGAGCACCCCCACUCCUGAUGACCACCCAUCGCCCAGGCUGCGUGUCCCCCAAGGAGAGGGGCCCAGACACACGGGCACAGAGGAGUCCCGGGAGAGUGACCCGCUCGGCCAGUGACCCCACUUCCUGCGUGAACCAUGGGGCAGCUGGCCUACGUCGCUCUGUUACCUCGUCCUGUACACCCCAAGGGCCCCAGGAUGCUAGGAAAUCCCGUGAACGCUGCAAGCUGGACUCUGCCUUCCAGCCACUGGCCAAGGAGCGGCCAUGUGCCAUCACAGACAGCCCAGCCUACGCCACAGAUGCGCGGGUCCUGGUGGCGAAGUUUCUGGAACAUUCCAACUGCGCCCUCCCUCCUGAGGUGCGGCAUGUGGUGGGCCCCGUGGGCCCAGCCGUGCCCCCAGAGGAGCAGCCCGUGGACGAGGCCCUGCUGGGCAUGGGGCUUCUGGACCAUGUGUGACCCCAGACCCACCAGUUGGGACGCAGAGGCGGUCACCCCUCAAACCACACAGUGUUUGGGGCCCAGGCAGGCACGUUUCUUCUGGGGCACGGCUGAUACUACUUCCAGGUGGUUUCAGUGAGUGCAAGAAGGGAUUCGGCCCCCCAGGAGUAUGUGUGAGGGCCAGUGGUGGCUGAUCUGGGUGUCUCCCCGCACCCCGGCUGUGCUGAUGAAAGAGGACAGUGCUCAGCAAGGACCCCUCCUUUCUGUCAGCCCCAGAGGGACCCUUCUGGGGAGGCAGGCCUGGCACCCCAUCACACCCUCUAGGUGCUCCCCACUUCCUCCCACUGCUCCCUCACUGUUUUUGUUAUCCAACUCAGCCUCAGUGAACCCCCGGGUACAGGCCUUUGACACCCUGAGUCCCCCUUCCCUGGACCCAAGGGUCCUGCAGCACUUUCAAGCCAGCACAGGUCCAGCCUCCCCGUGUUGACUGCCUGGGUCCCCCAAAUCCUCCUGAUCUGGCAACUGAAGAGGCAGGCGCUUUCUAGCAAGGGAUCCGAAGCAGAGCGGGGUUGCCAGUGCGGGGGGUGUCCAGCUUGCUGGCCGUCCCGCACCAUCCACAGCUGCUUCGUACUAAGGCCCCCAGUGGCAGCCAUAUGGGUCCUCCUUCUGCCAGCUCUCUGCGUGCACCUUGGUGUGGUGUGUGCAAGAGUAUGUGUGAGAGAGAGCUUGUGUGUGUGUGUGUGUGUGUGUGUGUGUGUGUGUGUGUGUGAAAGAGAGAGACAGACAGACAGACAGACAGACAG